GAGGGGAAAGCGGUAGUAUCGCUCGUCUCGUUUGUGUGUGAGAGAGUGAGAGAGAGUGUGGAGGGGAGGGGGUAGUUGAGCUGGUACAGGAGGGAGGAUUGGUAGUUAUGCACAAGUACAAGUUCUUGGGCAAGAAGGGUGAGGGUACCUUCUCCGAGGUGGUCAAGGCACAGGUUGUCAAGACGGGCAAGUAUGUGGCUAUCAAGCGAAUGAAGACCUCGUUUGAUUCCAUUGAUCAAGUCAAUAAUCUCCGAGAGAUCCAAGCUCUUCGCCGCCUCUCGCCGAAUGCAAACAUUGUCAAGCUGCAAGAGGUGCUGUACGAUCGGCAGACGGGCCGCCUCGCCCUCGUCUUUGAACUCCUCGACAUGAACUUGUACGAGCUCAUCCGAGGGCGGAGGACAAACUUGCCAGAUCAUCGCGUCAAGUCGUACAUGUAUCAGCUGAUGAAGAGCAUGGAUCACAUGCACCGCAACGGUAUUUUUCACCGCGACAUCAAGCCCGAGAACAUCCUCAUCCGCGACGAGACCAAGCUCAAGCUCGCCGACUUUGGCUCCUGCCGCGGCAUCUACUCCAAACAGCCGUACACCGAGUACAUCUCCACUCGCUGGUAUCGGGCGCCAGAGUGCCUCCUCACCGACGGCUACUACAACUACAAGAUGGACAUCUGGGGCGUCGGCUGCGUGUUCUUUGAGAUCAUGACCCGCUACCCGCUGUUCCCAGGCAAGGACGAGCUCGACCAGAUCAACAAGAUCCACAAAAUCCUCGGCACUCCGCCCAAGGCCGUCCUCGAGGGCUUCAAGCGCCACUCGUCCGGCCACAUCUCGUUCGACUUUCCGCCCCAGAAAGGCACCGGGCUUGCUUCUCUGCUCACGAAACAGUCCAAGGAAUGCGUCGACUUGCUCGCAAAGCUCCUCGCCUACGACCCGGAGGCUCGCUACACCGCCCGCGAGGCUCUCCGCCACCCGUUCUUCAAAGAGCUCUACAGCGCCGACCAGCAACGCAAAGCUGCCAAGGGCCCACCCAAGCCGUCCAAGGGCCCAGCCCCGGCGCCGUUUGCCAUCAACCACGCUUCGCUCGCCCCGCAUCCGGGCCUUCCCGGCCCUCAGCCGAUGCAGCUCAUCCAAGCUCACCUCAAGCAGCAGCAGCAGCAGCAGCAGCAACAGCAGCAUCAGACGUCGCCUCUCCUCGCCAACGGGCUCGCCCGCCAGAACAUGGCCCAGGGCCAGCUGCUCGGCGGUCCAGCCGCAGCCUCCGCCCAUGCCUCCGCCCUCCGUGCUUCACAAGUGGCACAGGCCAAGCUCAUGGGUCCGGCUGCCGGCCCGCCCCCGCUUGUGGCCUCCUCCAUCUCGCCGCAUGCGCUCCACGCCCACGGCGCGCCGCAGCACCCCAGCGCGGCGCCGAGCCUCCCGUCGAUUGCUGGCCCGUCUGCCACCACCGGUGCCAGCGGGCAUACUGCCUCGCCUCCGCGCGCCCCGCCCUCGUUCGUCUCGCAGGGCACACGGCUCGCCAUUGGUGGACACGCGCCGUCACCCGCGGUGGUCAACACGUCGGGCCUCGGACGCGGACGCGGACGAGGGCGUGGACGCGGACGCGGGCGUGGACGCGGACGCGGACGCGGACGCGGGCGUGGGCGUGGGCGUGGGCGCACCGCUCCUAACCGUGGCCUUGGCCGCGGCAACCUCUCGGCCUAUGCCUCACCCUCGCCGGCUCGCCGACUGGACCCGCUCCGCAGCAACGGCCGCGGUGGUGCCUACGUCUCGCCUUACUCGCAAAAGCGCAUCGCCGCCUCUCGUAAGCCAGCCGAAGCCUCACCGCGGCUGCGCGGCUCGGUCUACGGCCGAGGCAGCCCACACCGCGCCGCCCCGAUGCGGCCAGCGGCGCUGGCACCGCUCGCAUCGCGGUGGGCAUGACGACAACCUUCCUCCCUUACCUGCCAGAUCAAGAGACUUGACCGGAUGCAGGGAAUCCCCAGGUCAUUUGGCACUGUCCCGUCUGCGGCCAUAAAUGACCAAACGGACACCCA